CUUAUUUUUCAGUUGUUGUCUGUCGUAUCUAGGGCAUGAUGCGUUUUUUUGUUCAUAUAUGCGUUGGCAUUUUACUGUCAUGUGCCGAUGGUCUGUUUACCCACCUCGAAAUACUUUUUAUUGUCUUUUGACUGAUCGUCCUAUAGCGUCGAAAAUAUCGAAAGUGAUAAAUCGUGGAUAUAAUAGCACGAACUAUAAUGGCACGAAUAACGGCACGGCAUCCGGUAAUAUUCUGAGAAUUGUAAGCCUCAUGUUCAUCCAACAUUCACCUGAUGCACAUCUGUAUCUGUUCAACAAUUCCUUGCUAGGAUUUCUCGCCUUCUACCUAUUUAUAACCCCUCCAACCAUUACAAUACUAACUAUCACAGCAACCACUUGGCAACUCGAUAACUUUUGGCUACUUGUCUACUGAUGGAAAUGGCUAUCGUCUCGGUCUCCUUGAUCUACUCACUUCAGCUGGAAACACGGUCCAAUAUGUUGGGUCCGUUCGAGCGGGCAACAUGAGCGAUAAUUUUAACGAAGGACAUCCGGGAGCUGUCAUCUCCCAAAUCGCCGAAUAUGCAAAGCUAUCAAUCUCUGACGAUCCCAAUCUCGUUCUGUUGAUGGCUGGUACGAAUGACAUGAACGACUUACUGAAUGUUACUACCGCUCCAGAUCGACUAAGCGCACUCAUCGAUGAAAUUACUUCUUCGGUUCCAAACGUGACUGUAAUAGUUGCUCAAGUCACCCCAGCUGCAAAUACGACCGUAGAGAACGCGAUGGUUACGUUCAAUUCCAUGAUACCCGGCAUUGUAGCAUCUAAAGUUAGCGCUGGGCAAAAAGUAUCCACAGUCAACAUGAUGGACUAUGUUACUGUGAAUGACCUAGCAGAUGGACUUCACCCGACCGAUCAUGGAUAUCAGCAGAUGGCCAAAGCGUGGUUCGCGGGCAUUCAAGAGGUUCAGAAGAAAGGAUGGAUAGAUCCUCCGAUUUCCACCCCCAACAUUACCAAUGUGAUCGACUCUACUAUUAUUUCUAACAAUGCUAUCAAUGCUACUAUUGCUGUCACCCCGCCCGUUCGGACUGCACUAUCAACUAGCACGAGUUCUAGCACAACUUCUAGUAGCAGCAGCACCUCUUCUAAAUCAGCUUCUGAGCGGCAGUUCAUCAUUCCUGCUAUAGGCACCAUAUCUCUUCCCGCUUUGCUUGGAUACUUUCUGUACGCCUGAAUACAUUGAAUGAUUACUUUGAGGAUGAAGGAGAUUACAAUGCACAGGGUAGAUUUAAAAGGGCAAUAGCCAGUGAUAGAUUGGGUGUCGAGAUAAGUCUCAAGGAAAUAUGAACAGUGCACAUAACGACGCUUCAAAUUCUUCCCGAAUUCCCACAAAGGAACUGCUAGGCCCAGCUGCGAAGUUAUCAUUUCGUAUAGCCAUAUUCAUCGAACAUAGACUCUGACAUAUCUCGAAAGCCGGUCAUUCAGGGAUAUCAUAUACGCGGCAAACCUGUUGAAUUCAGUUUGAGAUAUUUCCGACAUAAGGUCUUUUCUGUACAGACGAGUAUUUAAUUUAUCGAUAAUUAUUUUUUCUCUUGGUUUGCUUGAUUGACUGGAGGAAUCUUUUGAAUCGUGUAACUGAUUAAUGGAUCGUCAUUUAAGAAGCACGGCUUAGAUUGAUAUGUAUCCGCAACAGCUGCAUCGGGGUUCUUCUCGCUAAUUGUUGCUCGGAUUCCACGAUAUAUGUAUACCCAUCGAGAAAUAAUUAAAUUUUAUGCC